AUGGCAUUAUUACGCAGCAUUUCGAAAUUAGAUUUAAGAUAUUCUUUAUCUAGAGUCAUAAGUGCUACUUACUGCACGAACCCAAAUGUAAAAGAACGCAUAGAGGGGAUUGUAAAGGGGAGUAAAGUGGUGGUUUUCAUGAAGGGCACUCCUGAUGCCCCUCGAUGUGGCUUCAGCAAUGGCGUUGUCCAGAUUCUCAAAUUUCAUGGAGUGGAGAACUUCGAUGCCCACAAUGUCCUCGACGAUGAUGAUAUAAGGCAGGGAAUCAAGGACUAUUCAAGCUGGCCUACGAUACCCCAGAUAUACUUGGACGGAGAGUUCCUGGGUGGCUGUGAUAUCAUGCUCGAAAUGCACAAGAGUGGUGAUCUGAUCGAAGAACUAAAAAAGGUUGGAAUACGCUCAGCCUUGUUGGAUAUAGAAAAGAAGAACACAGACUCGUAG